CUGUGCUGAAAGAAAAGCUUAUCCAGACUGUGAAGUGACAUGCUCUGGAUUUAGGAAACUAACGGCAGACUGAAGCAGGGAGCAAGACUCUAUACUUUGAGAGAUUUUUGGAGAUGUUGAUUUGAUCUCUUCGACGUUUUGCCGAGGAUGACAGCAAAAUAAACAGUUGUUGGAUCGAUUGACAAAUCAAUUGUGCGGGGGCGGUAUCUCUGACUCUAAAGUCUAUAUUCCCCACAGAUCAUGCCACGUUUGAGUUCACGCCUGUAACAUCGUCAUCCUCCUGCGUAACACACAGCUGCUGUCAGACAGCUCAAACCGAAAAGUUACUCAAGUUGUCUCUUAUUUUCCAGAUUUCUUUUUCUUUAAUUUUCUAAUCUCAGUAGCAUCGACUCCUCCAGCCGUGACCCUGCUGCCUGCCGCCGGUCCGCCCCAGCAUGCUGGACUGACGCCUGAGGAAUGGCAUCGGCUGUGUUUGAAGGCACGUCGCUGGUCAACAUGUUUGUCCGGGACUGCUGGGUCAACGGGAUCCGGAGACUCAUCAUCAGCCAGCGGGGAGAGGAAGAGGACUUCUUCGAGAUACGGACAGAGUGGUCUGACAGGAACAUUUUAUACUUGCAUCGGAGUUAUUCCGAUCUGGGGCGGCUGAUUAAAAGACUGGUAGAGUCUUUUCCUGAGGACAGAAGAGAGCUCUCCAAGUCUCCACUGAUAGAAGGGCUGGUAAAAAUCAAAGAGGCAAACGACAUUGAGGAGAAAUUAAAUGAGGUGGAAAGACUACUGAAGAAUGCCAUCAACAUGCCGUGCAAGUAUUCCAGGUCAGAGGUGAUGUUGACUUUCUUCGAGCGAUCGCCGCUGGACCAGGUGCUGAGGAAUGACAAAGUCCACCGAAUCCAGCCGUGCUUUCAGAGUCCAAUCAAGAUAUCAGAAAUCAUGCGGUCAAAUGGGUUCUGUCUGGCCAAUACAGAAACCAUUGUAUUUGAUCACACUCUCCCGGAAGAAAAAGAGAGACCCUCAUCCACCGACUCUGUGGAAGAUACGUAUGAGGAUGGAACAGAGUUUUUGCCAAUGGAAGCAGACCUGUGUGAUGAGGAAACAGAAGCGUAUGUCACCAACCUUUCCUACUACCAUCUGGUCCCAUUUGAAACUGACAUCCUGGAAUGAUCAACUGAUGCCUGUUGAUGGACAUCGGAUGCUGUCACUGAGGAAUAUGUACUCUUAAAGUGGAACCUAUAGCUAUGCAAUGUUGCAUACAGCUGCUCAUCCUAGCAAACUCUAGAGUUGCAUGUCGCCCAUCUUGGAGUGGGGCAGAUGUACAGUGCGCACCAAAAUAUUGGAAGAAUGCAACAGCUGCACCAUUACUUUGUUUUUGCCACUUUGAGCGACGUCAUCACCAGUGUGCCUCAUUCAGAGCCUUACUUGACUGUGUCAAGAAGAAACAGGAUUGUCUUUAUACUGGCUACGCAGGGCUUUCACGUGUAACACAACCUGUGGCUGCAACAAUGGAGGUGCUUGAGUCAUGAGACAGAUGCAAACCGCUGAAGAGGUUUCAAAACACGCAGCUCGACCACUUCAAAAGUAGUAAAACUUUUGUCUGUAGUUUGGUGUGUGAGUGUAACAAGAGGGGGGAGGGCCUCACAGCAGCCUACAGUAUUGGACCUUUCACUGUUACUUAGAAAUGUAGCUGAAUCGAACAGCAUGCCUUCUUUUUCUAUCUCAAUUGUUUUAUCUGUUGUAUUUAUCCUCCAUAAUGGCAUCAACCCAAUUUGCCAGGAGAUAUGUGAUGCAUCUGCAAAGCCUAUUGUCUUCUCAUUGAUACUGCUCCCUGAUGUGUUAUCCUCAGUGUUACCACUCUGUUGUAUCCAGGAAGCUGUCACAAAGAUAGGUGUAUAAUAUUUGUUUAUGGUGCACUUUCCACCAGCAUUUAGAAACUUCUUUGUGUUUGUAAAAAAACAGCUUGAAAUAUUUGGAUAAUUCCUGUUUUGUUGCUGUGUUAUGCAGUUGGUUUUGCAAACGCGAGAAGUUUCACUAUAAAUAAAGAUAAAAGAAUAGAAGUCAAGGGGCAAAUUUUGUCCAUAGUCUUCUUGUUUUUUAGCAUAAAGUUGAUAGUAAAUGGUGCAAGAAUAAUUAUGCUUUUAUGCUAAUCACUCACUUGAUUUUUGGAUUACUGUGGAGUUAAAGACUAUAAAAGACAUGUUAAGUGUAUUUUGUUGCAACUAACCAGAGUCCGACCGUAAUGCUGCCUCUUUGGAUGUUGGAAUUUUCUUUAUGAAGUUUUGUCUGAAUAAUAAAGUACAGUAUAAUAUGUUUGUUAUAAAGCUGAUAAUGUUGCUUAUUUAAUGUUUAUAAACAAAUAAUUUGCUAUAUCAGAGCGUAUAUUGACUGUGUUGCCAUUAUGUGCACAGCUGAAUAUUCUCACUGCUGUUGUUGCCAUGGGAUGAAUGAUGAAAUAGGGCAAAGACAGCUUUGUUUUUUGGGUCAAUAGAGGUCAUACAGUGUCUGACGUGUGUGGGUUCAGUCAGAGAGCUGACUGUGGGAGUCUGUAGCUCGGCCUGCAAUGGGGGAACAAGUCCUCUCUUUAUGUUAAGAAGACAAAUGACCUUGCUAUACUAAAACAUUCUAUUGAAAAAGUAGUGUAAAAUAAUCAAACACUUGAUUCAAAUCCAUGUUUUUUGUAUGUUUUCUCGGUUACUUUCACUUCUCGUUGCACCUUUUAGAAACUCAGCAAAGCAUUACUUUUGUUUUGAAGGCAAGUGAAAGGCAAAGAAAGUGUAUGUUUGUGUAGGGUUGACUGUAAGGAAGUCAUCUAUAUUCAUUGUUUUGACAGUUUUGUCAAUGCAGAAGUCAUUAGGACCUUACAAUGUGGGCUAACAGCUUGUGUCCACUUUCCUGCCCCUCCAAAUACAAAAGGCAUUCAACCCUCACAAACUUGGCAUGCACGGCUUCAACAGAACGAUCCUCCGCGUGAGUCUAUUUAGCAACACAGUCAUGAUCACUAUUCACUCCAUGAGAAAGUACAGCUCUUUCUCACGGUGUAAAACUAUUUCAUGCUUCUUUCGGUUUUUCUCUCUUCUCCAAGAAUGACGUCUUGAAUUGGAAGAUAUUCUUUGGACAUACAAGUUUUAGUUGAAAAAGUCAGCGUACAUAAUCAGAAUGAUUCUUAUGAUUCAAUAGAAUAAACAUGGAUUUGUUAUUUACAUUUUCAUACAAAGGUCAGAUUUUCUGAUAAAGGAUGUAUGAGUUCAUAUUUAGAUAUCAAAUGUUUUUGUGUCUUUAGACCCUUUGCAGCCUGAGUAAUGUUAUAAAUAUUCUGCCACAGUCUCUCAGAUGUUAUGACUAAAAUGGUACUCAUCUGAUUUUUUAAUUAACAUAUCAAUAUGCCCAUUGUGCCAGCCAGAGGGUGUGAGGGUACAUAGGACAGUGUGACCGAUUAUAUGAAAAUAAUAUUACAUUAAUUUUUCACUUUUGAACUAUUUUGUAAACUCCAGCCACUAUGUAAAAGCUGCUAACCAUUUUAUGCCUUGCAAUUUUAUUUUUCAUAUGCUCAAGUGUUGUGAGUUUUUUGUGUGUAAAUAUGU